UUGGGUGCACUAUGCUCUGCUAACGUCAGAAGAAGACCCGCUGAAAUUCAAAGUUGGAGGAGGAGACGAACGCGUAAAACAACAAGGAAGUUGUUUCUAGCUUUCUGUCAAUUCAACUGUUCCUUACAGACUUAUUUUCAGCUCAGAAUGGAAGCUGGUGAGGAAAAUGUUGGCAACGUCAUGAAAAGACAGAGAACACCUCUGUCAGACUCUGAAGAUAAUGUCCUCUCGGCACCAGAUGUCUCAGAGUGCAAUGAUGGCCAGAAGCGGCGGCGCCUGGAGGCGGCGGGUCAGGAGAACUGUAGUCCUAAACCCUCCUCUGGCCGCAAAGCUGAGCUAGAGACCAAGCCGGACACACCCAUGGUGUCUUCAGUCCGGUCCCGGGUCCAGCAGCUCACACAGAGACGAGAGGGGGGAGCUCCUCUUGCCCAGCGGUGCCUGUCUGAUCCCGGGGUGGACAGCCCAUUGCUCAUCCUCCAGGAAAAGGGUUUCAAAGAGCAUCUCCUUCGUGAGGGAGAAUUCAACCAGCGACUGGAGCGUUUCAAAGUGCCAGUCUUCCAGACUGCCCCCCCCACCACAGCCAGCUCUGCCAACAUCUCUCCGCGGACCCCAUCCAAAUUUGUGUCUGCCAUCCAGCAGAAGCUGCAGGGCUCUGCAGCACCCAGCUCCAUGCAGGCUUCACGCAUCCGCCAGGAACGGGAGUUGAACCAGUUGCCGUUCCAACCAAUCAGUGAGAACGCCUGGCUGAAGAGGAGCAGCUCUGAUCCCUCAUUAUCUCAGGGAUGGACCCCUCUUGGCCCCUCUUCCUCCGUCUGGGUUCCUAGAUCCACCAGAAGAGUUUGUUGGCCUCCUAUGCAGCCCUGGGAUCAGAUGGAUGAUGAUGCUGUGAUGAAAGAUGGCAGCUUCACUGAAGCUUCUACAUCUGGUGCAGGAUUAAAGGCACCCAGAGACUGUGAAGGAUCGCUAGAGCUUGGAAGCUCUAUUGAGGGACAGAUGCACAUGGAGCAAAAUGCUGAUGAUGGAGUCAGGGAGGAGAAGGAGCAAAAGAGUUCCGCUGCACAGACUGGGACUGUGUUGAAGUUGUCUUUUAGCGAGGAUCAGAGUUUCUCAAAAGCACCUUUGGAUGCUGAACUGAGCUCUCACGAUGAGACCAACACUGCCGAAAUUAUUGACCAGAUGUUCGAUGAGGUGCUGGAAUAUGCUGGAAGGAUGGAGGAGCAGAGGCGGGAUGAAGACACUGAGGACAGCGGCAUUGGCAUUUGCUCUGGAGACAAAGAAAAGAUUGACAUGGAGUCAGAAAAGGAGAAAAGUGAGGAAGAGAGGGAGUCCAAAGAAAAGCACUGUGAUGAAAGCAACAAGGAUGAGCUGCUGACUUUUCCUUCCAGUGGCAUCCUCUCUCCUCUCAGCAAGUCUUUAGAGGCUGUGGUCACACCUCUGCGACUGGAAGCAAGCCAGGAUUCCAUUCCUCCCUCUCUGCUCCUGACUCCUGAAGAGACCACCACUCCUGUUAGUGAAUCUGCUCCUCUAUACAGUAUUGAUGCCUACCGCACACAAAGACAGAAUAAAGCGCCCAGCAUUCAGAGCGUCACUCCUGGUGUUCAGAGGCGAGCUCCAGAGAAGUCCCGACCUCAACCCUCCGUCAACACCAGGGAGAAAAUCACGACUCUGAAUGAAGAAGCAGGGAAGCUGCAGAAUGUGAUCAGCCAGACGCUGCAGGCUCUGAGCUGCUGCACCGAUGAAGAGCACGGCCGAGGCUCGCUGGAGGAGGCUGAGGCGGAGAAGCUCCUGCUGGUCUCCUGUGAGAAGCGUUCUGCCCUGCUGGCAGAGGUUGCUAGACUGAGGGAGGAGAGGGGCUCUGAGUCAGGAGAGGAGGGGGACUAUGUUCCCCAGCUGCCCUGCAGAGGGACGGUCAGCAUCACAAACAUCCAGCUGCCUCUCAAGGUGGAGUUUGUCUGCUCCUCACACAACCGCACAGGUCGGCCGAGUCACUUCUUUUUCGUGCUGAUCCGCUACGGGCCCUGCAACAUCGAUGCCACGCCGCUGGCCACGGCUGCUGAUGCUAAGAACGGAGACACCAUCUCCUUCCCUACUUCUGUCAUCCUGAAGGAUAUCCGCUCAUCCUUUGAGAUAGAUGUGGAGGUCUACAGCCUGUCCCACACUUCAGGUGGUAACAGCAGCAUGGACCGGGCCAGCGCCAAGUCACGGGUUACGCCAAGAAAGCUUCUGAACACCCUCAAAAGAUCCAGUCACAGUCACAGCCUGACAUCUGCAGCUCUUCCUGCUCUCAACCCUCGUCGCUCCAGCAACUUUUGUCUGGUGGGCUCCCAUAAGAUUGACUUGGCCUCUCUGGGACACGGCAAGUUCCCUCUGGAUAAGAUGAAACUUGAAGGCAAAAUCAGGAGGCUGCUGGGAGAUGAAUUUCAGGAAAAGGUGCCUUUCCUCUCUCCUCUAGAGGGCAACAUCUACCUGCAGCUGAACAGCAAGGGGCACUCUAGUGUACAGCACCAAGGCUUCCUGACCAUGUUUGAGAUGAUCAGUGGAUACGGGGUGUGGCAUCGCCGAUAUUUUGUUCUGAUGGGAUGCACCAUGUCCUACUGGAACCACCCCAAUGACAGAGAAUCUAAGGAUGCAGAGGGCAGCAUUUCUCUGUCCAGCACCAGCAGUCAGUGUGUGCGGCCUGUGAAGAGGGACUCGUGUGCGCGACCGUUCACCUUCGAGCUGGUGAGCAGCGUCCCGCAGCAGCAGGACGCCGGCCAGGACACCUUUGCCAAGCGUUGGUUUUCAGCCGACUCCAAAGAAGAGAGGCUGGACUGGAUGGAGCAGCUCAAUCAGGCUCUUUUGGACUUUCACACGUGGAACCGAACACCUGGAACCCAAAGUCAGCAGUCCAACACGUGCAGCAGUGGGAACCUGAGGGAGAGCAUCCUGUAACUACAUCACUGAAACACCAGAUCCCUGCUGCCCAGGCUCCAUGGAAACACAGGGUAGUGUAUGUGUGUCAGGUAGAUGAGCUGGGAUCAGGGUUUACAUUAUUGUUGGAGAGCUGCAGGAGGUGAGCUUCUCUUCACAGUUAAAAUGAAACUGAUGAAUCAUAAACAAAGCGAAACCCUUCUUUAUCUCAUAUAGAAAAUGUUAGGAGAUGACUUUGAUUUUCAUACUAUUUCUUUUAAUCUGAAUCCAAUCAAAGCUGUUGGUUUACACUUUUAUUUGCUAAGCUACAGUUGGCCGUUCUAAUAUUAUUUGUUGUUCAUGAUUUUGAGGAAAGAGCUGCUUCUGUUGGCAAUACUAAUUGGUCACUUUCAGUAGCAAAGGUAAAUCUUCUUGUAGCAAAUGUAUUUUUGAGAUAAUUUACAUUGUAUUUGCAUUGUUAAACUGGAAGGAUAAACAAAGAUAUAUAUAUAUAUAGUGACACAAACAAAUAUACAAUGAGAGGGAAAUCUCUACUUAACUAAUGUAGGAUGAGAAUGUAUUUGAAGGAAACACUAAGAAUUAUUAGCAUUAGGAGGAAUGCUUCCAAGUGUUGGAAUGGAGCCUUUCAUAGUCAUUCAGACAAUAUCUGCUUCUGUUGGGCGAAAUAAUACGUUUUCUAUCAUCAGCCCAGACUUGUCUGUUUCUGUCAAAUGUGAUGGAACAAAAAAUAGGACUUAAUACUUGUCAGUACUGGCAUCUUGGGGCCAUUUGUCUGCAGUGUUCUCUCAUAUCCAAUAUAUAAUUUGCGUUACUGCACAUAAAACACAUUUAUUUGCAUAUUAAAACCUGUUUUAUAUUUGUACAACAGUGGAUGAGAGGUGUGGUGAGGUAAGAAGGGACUGUAGUGAUGCUGCUGCAAUGAAUGUAAUCUGUUCUGUCUGUCCUUUCCAUGUGUUUACACCUAUCAGUCUGUCCCUUUUUGUUAUAAAUGUUAUUCAUGUGAACUCUCAUUCUAUGCACUUAAUGGAAGGUCCCAAUAAAGUAAUGGAUUGAAAUGGCUACAAAAA